GGGGUGGGGGCGGGUGGGUAGGUUGGAGUUAUAAAAUGGCGGCCUGGGGCGCGCUGGGCGCUGUUCUGCCCGCGGUCUCUGGUUGAGCUUCCUGCUCUCCCUCACGGCCGAACACAGAGAGGCGAGGCCCCUGGAGGACAUGGUGUUGGAGACCCCGGGCUUGCUGACCACCAAGUUCUUCGAGAAUCUCGGCGCACCGGAAGCGACCCGGCGCGCUCCUCCGGGCGAGCAGCGGCCGCUUCCCACCCGAGGCCCGCGGCUGCAACCUCGCACCCGCUCGCGGUCGUUCACCCGGCUCUCGCCGCAGCCACAGCCCCGCGAGUGCCGCGGCGGCCGGCCGGGAGGUUUGAAAAUAUGGCCAAGAGGAUUGCUGAGAAGGAAUUGACAGAUCGGAACUGGGAUCAAGAAGACGAAGCAGAAGAGGUGGGAACGUUCUCCGUGGCCAGUGAGGAAGUCUUGAAGAAUAGAGCCAUAAAGAAAGCAAAGCGUAGAAAUGUUGGAUUUGAAUCCGAUAGUGGAGGGGCCUUUAAAGGUUUUAAAGGCUUGGUUGUACCUUCUGGAGGAGGCGGGUUUUCUGGAUUUGGCAACGGUGCUGGAGGGAAGCCUUUGGAAGGGCUGUCGAAUGGAAGCGGCGUGAGCAGCGCCCCUCCCUUCUCCAGCGCCAGGGCAGCCGCGGAGAGCAAGGCGGCCUUCGGAUCCGUGGCUGCAAAUGGUCCUACCUCCUUGGUGGAUAAGAAGGUUUUAACUCCCAAAACCAACGGGGACAGUCCGCAGCCCUCCUCUUCCGGCCCCCCCUCUGGCGCCGCCUGCCCCCGGAGCGCCUACCACAAGCAGCUGGCGGCCCUCAACUGCUCCGUGCGGGACUGGAUCGCGAAGCACGUGAACGCCAACCCGCUGUGCGACCUGACGCCCAUCUUCAGAGACUACGAGAGACACCUGGCGGGGAUCGAGCAGCAGCACGGGAGCGGUGGUGGCCGGGGCUCCGAGCGUGAGGCCGGUCCAGUGCCGCUGGCCACCCAGUCCCCUUCCCUGUUUGGGGCCGCAAAGCCGCAGCAGGACUCGGCGUUCCCGUUCGCCGGCGGCAGGGCAGAGGGCGGCGCCGAGAGGAAGACGGAGCCGCCCGCGGGAGCCGCAAGUGCCUCGUUCAGCUUCGGCAAGAAGAUCGACGGGUCUGUCCUGGGCUCCCCGAACUCCGGCCCCCUGACUGGGUUUUCGUUCUCUUCAGGAAACUCCAGUUUCUUUGGCAAAGAUCUGACCCAGAAUAAACCAGCGUCUUCACCGUUUUCCGCGAAAACGUUGGAGGUACAGGCCGAAGGCGGCACUAGCGACUGCAAAGGCGGAGAUGAAGAGGCGAGUGACGAGCCCCCCAAAGUAGUAGUGACUGAAGUGAAGGAAGAAGAUGCUUUCUACUCCAAAAAGUGUAAGCUGUUUUACAAGAAAGACAACGAAUUCAAAGAGAAGGGUGUGGGCACCCUGCAUUUAAAACCUACGGCCACUCAGAAGACGCAGCUGUUGGUGCGGGCAGAUACCAAUCUAGGCAACAUCCUGCUGAACGUUCUGAUUCCGCCCAACAUGCCGUGUACCCGGACGGGGAAGAACAACGUCCUGAUCGUGUGUGUCCCCAACCCGCCCGUCGAUGAGAAGAACGCCGCCGUCCCGGUGACCAUGCUGAUCCGGGUGAAAACAGGCGACGACGCGGAUGAGUUGCACAAAAUCUUACUGGAGAAAAAGGAUGCCUGAACGCGCGCGGACUAGGAUGGCCGCCAAGUUGCUGCUGCCCCACCGCCCCUUAGACACAGUCCGUUUCGCUUCUUACUUUGACAUCCUGAGAACUUAGAGGUAACUGAAAACUUUGUGGGGAAGCUGAAUAUGGCCAAUAAAACCUUUAAAUGUUAAGUGUCAAGAACCUGUAUCCUCCCUUCUUAAGAACUGUCUAAUGUGUAAAAUACGUUUGAAUGACAUUUUUUUGGAAGAUCUUUAAUUUUCACUUAUUAAACUGACCACAAGUGGUUUCUUAAUAGGCUGAAAUCAGGGUAUCGAUUAGACUUCCCAAAGGCUGCUCCGAUCCACGGGUUUUGGGGUCUGCUGCUCCCGCUGGCCAGGCUUUCGGGCAGCCCCCCGUGUCCCGGAGGAAGCUUGCCGGCAGCAUUCUCCCCGGAGAACAGCACUCUUUGCAAACAAAUCCUGCUACCGCGCCGCCACCGCCGCCACCGAGGUGUUUCCUUUGCUUUCUCGUGUCGCCGGGGCUUUCCAGCAGCUGAACCUGGCCGGCGGCUGCCCCUGCGCCUGAAAGGUUUUAGCUUCUGUUUGCAGACUUGGCCCUUUAACCCCGCGGGCUGCUCUACCUGAUUGAGGAACUGCUUUUCCAUUUGAAAAGGAAACAAGUAGCUUGUUCUUUGGUUUUGAAGUUUCAUUCUUGAGGUGCUCUCCCCCCCCCCAAAGAGAAUAGAGGGGGAUUUGCCAGAAAUGAGGUUUAAAAGCACAAAUUUGGUAGCUUAUCGUGUAUGAGCCAUGGACACCAAACCGUUGCAGAAAUGAAAGUCGAAGCUUAGUACGGAAGAAAGAAGACGUCUCAGCUGUUUGGGCCACGCUGAACCCUCGGCAUCCUUGGAGCUCGUGUGCGUUAGCCUGGAAACGUGCAGUAAGGUAAUGGAAUUGCAAGUGUGCGCGUCAGUGUGGCCUUUAACUUUAGACAGAAGUAUUUUCUGCAUUUGAAACCUGAAGCUUCCACUUUUUUACAAGUCAGAUACUCAGUAUGUCCAUGCGGAAGGAGCCACGGUUCUGCGCCAGCGGCGCCAUGGCCCUUCCCCACAGCUGUCCGAGAACGGAUCCUAGUGUUCUUGGCAGAUCCUGAGCAGGUGAAUUAGAUACAGAUUUUCAUGUUUAAACGUCCACUCUCAUUCCUCGUUAAUCAUUGGAUGCUGGUACCAUAUGACCGCGUUUCAAGGCUCAGGGGCUGUGCCUGAGGGCUCACACUCGUAUGUUCCGAUCUUCAGUACGUCAUGUCUUCUUAGAAAACUGUAGAAUAGUUGUAGAUAGUACAGUUGCUUUUUAAAAGAAGCUAUAGUUUUUAGAGAUUUAUAAAGGGGGCAGGGGAACCAUUUUUAUGAUCCAGUACGUUAACUCAGGUGUGACACCUGACGUGUGGCCGCCGGCUGCCCGCUGACCAUGUGGUUUUCGGAUUCCGGUGAAAGACUCUGGUCCCGUGUGUGCCUCUGCACAGACGCAGCGAGGCGUGCGUGCGCGUGGGGGCUGUGGUCAGGCUCUCAUGUUGGGACAGCUAGGGAGGGAGUGGCAGUCAUUUUUUCAUUUCCUUUGUAGAAUCGAGAAUACUCCUGAGUGUGUGUAACAGGUCUGUGAGUUCUAGGACGUGGUGGUUGGUGGUGUCCCAGCGGCCGUGGCCCACCCGGCCUUGAGUGCAGUUAUCCAGCUGCUAGAGGUUGAGGAGAUGCAGGGCACAGAUUUCUGUCCUGUGCGGCCCAACCGUGGUCCCCAGGAGCCACGAGGCCACUUGGGCACUUUAAGAGAGGGCACUGCACUGGCGACAGCCUCUGCAUGGCCAGUGAGACGUUUCCCAAAUGCGGCCUGACGGUAUCAGGAUUGGGUCACCUUUCACCCCCACCCCGGAAAAGGAGUUGAUCAUCUUUUUUGCAUUAGUGGGUGUGUGUGGCUUUCUCUUCUGACAUUCCCAGCAAAUUGUUGCUGCUAAGACUCACUGUUAAAGUGACAAUUACAGGGACAGGUGUGACGCAUGUGUGGUCCUCACAUGGUAUUUCCUUCAUGUCGCUUCCCCUUUAGGAACUUGCUGGUCUCGAAUUGUGUAUUCAUAGGAAAGAGCCUGAGUGUGUGCGGAUUUUCCUGUAAAACCUAAAUAUUUGUAUGUUACUUGGAGGAAGAGGCCCCUUUGGCCCCCAGAGGGCCGGUCUUCUUUCCCUUGCUGUAUUAGUAGCUAAAUUCCAGCCCACGGGUUUAGUUACAUUUAUUUUUUAACAAAAACGUUAGAAAUUAGGCUUUCAAGUGUUUAACGCUGACUGAAGUUUAUACCAUCUAUGUGGCCCGAAGGGAGGGGUUUUUAACCUUUAAUCUGAAAUCAGUUGUGUUGCAUCUUGACAAAUACCGAGUGUCCCAGUGGCCUUUUUAACUGGUGUGUCCUUUUGAGAGUUCCCCAGUAAGCAAAAAAAUGAGCGUUGUGCUGUCCUCGUGUUUAGAAUUAUAGGCUGGAGGUGUGUGUCCAGUUUUUAAAAGCAGUUUUGGUUGUGUCUGACCAUGUAUGGAUUUUCUUGAAAAGGAUUAUAGUUUUACAAUUUCAGUUCUAAAUCAUAUUUUUGAUAUGCUGCAUGCCAAAAAGAAUCUACCUGUUCUGGGGUAGAGGGAAAAAAAUUGCCAUCUUACUCUCUGAGUGCAGAACAAGUCAUCACUGAGAAAGCCUUUUUGGUUUCAUUUUAAAGUUAAACAUGUCUUUUGAACAGCUGUCUGUUCCUUGAUUUCUGAAGUCAGAAUGCAAGCACAGUGCAUUUUGAAGGAUUUGCAAACCCAAUGGCUCCCUCCCAAACCCCCUGGGUGUUCGUUCUCAUUCUGGAAGUGAGAAUCUGUGGUAGAAACUGGUGAGUCCCGCGGUGCUGACGAGGGACUGCAAGGAGCCUGUCCAGUCCCGCACUGAGCACCGGGGGACGUUCUUGGCCAGAGGCAGUCAUGGUUGGGACCCUGGACUCUGCUUGACGCAGACGCGAUCGUAACAGAUGUAAGACUUCUUAGCAAUCAGAUAAGUUGUUUGCUUUCUGUUUUACAUAGGAAACUGUUUUCUUAAACUAAAAUACUUGAAUUGUCAGACAAUGUAAUCUCAGUUUGUAUUAGUUUUUGAGGAAGUGUAAUAAUCCAUGAAAUGUGAAUAAAUGGAAAGUAACCAAA